CUCGGUCGUUUCACUUUUUCUUUCAGAUUUAUGGUGGCUGUUGGUUAAAUCACAUUAUGUGACUGCUCAUACAAUUUACUUAUGUGUCACGCACGAUAAACAAAUGUUUAUUUUUACAGAAGUAAACAGCGAUGAGUAAAUUGUCACGGAGCUGUUGUAAAUAAAGUUUUAGCGUUUUUAAAGCGGUCAGCUGCUUCGUUCGGCAUCACAACAAACAUGGCGGCGGGAGGCGGUUAACGGGAGAGGAGCUCAGGAAGAUCCUCCGCGGACGUUUUAAAGAAGAGUUUGUUUUUUUACUGAACCGCAGAUUAUUUUUGCUCGGCCGGCUCUCAAGAUGGAGUCCACCCCGUUUCCAGAAGAGGUUCCGGAGAGGACAGUGUGUGUUGUCGGGUCGGAGCUGGUGGAAAACUACACUGUCUACAUCAUCGAGGUGACAGAUGGAGAGCACAAGUGGACCGUGAAGCACCGCUACAGUGAUUUCCACGACCUCCAUGAGAAGCUGACAGCAGAGAAGAAGGUGGACCGACGGCUGCUUCCUCCAAAGAAGAUGUUGGGGAAGAACUCGAAGAGUCUGGUGGAGAAGCGGCAGAAGGAGCUCGAACUCUACCUGCAGACGCUGCUGCUGCAGUUCCCACAGGCCACACCCACUCCGCUCGCCAGCUUCCUGCACUUUCACCUCUAUGAGAUUAACGGCAUCACGGCGGCACUGGCCGAGGAGCUGUUCCACAAAGGUGAGCAGUUGCUGCAGGCUGGCGAGGUGUUUUCUCUCCGUCCUCUGCAGCUUUACUCCGUCUCCCAGCAGCUACGUCUGGCCAAACCAACCUGCUGCAACGGAGACGCCAAAACCGACCUGGGACACAUCCUCGACUUCACCUGCCGGCUGCGAUAUCUCAAGAUGUGUGGUACCACAGGUCCAGUAGGAACCAGUAAUAUCCAGGAGAGCAGUCUCCCCUUCGACCUGUCUGUGUUCAAAUCACUUCUGCAGAUUGAGAUCAGCGAGUGCCACUCUCAGCAGAUUCGAGGUCUGCCGUCUCUGAGGUCGAGUUUGGCGACUCUGAGUAUCCACCGCUCCACGGAAACUAUGAUGUCGAUCCUGGUCCCGGAGGCUAUCGAGUUCUCACAGUGGGAGGCGGAGGGGGCGGAGUCUGGCUGUCCUGUCACGGCGGUCAUUCCCGUGUGGAGGAACCUGACGACACUGGACAUGAGUCACAACUGCAUCAGCACCAUCGACAACUCAGUGAAACUGAUUCCUAAGGUGGAGUUUCUGGAUCUGAGCUACAACCAGCUGACCACAGUGGAAAACCUCCAGCACCUGUACAAUCUGGUCCACGUGGAUCUGUCUUAUAACAGCCUGAAGGUCCUGGAAGCUGCUCACACCCGUCUGGGCAACAUCAAAACUCUGAGCCUGGCCGGCAAUCAGCUGGACCAACUGACCGGUCUCACUAAGCUCUACUCUCUAGUCAACCUGGACCUCAGCCACAACCAGCUGGCUCAGUUGGAGGAGAUCAGGAACAUCGGCUCUCUGCCCUGUUUGGAGAAACUCAACCUGUCCAGCAAUCCCAUGUGCAUCAUCCCAGACUACAGAACCAAAGUCCUGGCCCAGUUUGGAGACCGUGCAGCAGAGGUUUGUCUGGACGGUAAAGUGACGACAGAGAAGGAGCUGGACACAGUGGAAGUUUUAAAAGCCAUUCAGAAAGCCAAAGAAGUCAAAGACAGGAUGAGCAGCGGCGACAAGAAGAUCAGUGAGGAGACCAGGCUGUCUGCUGCUGCACCUCCUCACCUCUCCUCCUCCUCUCCCCCCUCCUCCUCUUCCUGCUGCUCCUCUGCUGUUGCUCCUCCUGCUGUCACCUCCUCUUCCUCUUCCUCCUCCUCCUCCUCCUCCUCCUCCUGUCCGGCCCAACAGGCUGCCUGCCCCAGCCAAGAAGUGACGAGCAAAGAAGAAGCCACCGCUCCCCCCAGUGUCCUCCCUCCUGUGGACGCUGCACCUCCCCCUGCAAGCUUUAACGACACCACACACCUCCUGUCUGCUGACUCUACCCAGGAACAACAACCUAUCGUCAGUCUGUCUGAAAACACACACUGUGGAGCUCCCACAAGUAUUACUACUACAACCCCUACUAUUACUGUCUGUUGUGUCUGCUGCUCCUCUUCCUCCUCGAGAUCAGUUGAAACGACUUGCUUCUCCUGCAGCAAAGACUGGUGUCCUUUACCUCCUGUUUAUCUGCUCUCCCUCUCCUCCUCCAACAAAGACUUCAUUACCCAGCUCUCCCACCGUCUCAGCUCAACGCUCAAGGAGCAGAAGAAGACGACAAAGAAGGAGGACGACGAGAAGGAGGAGGAGGAGGAGGAUGAGAGGGAGGAAGAGAAGAUAUUGGACCCCAGGGAGGUUCAGUCCCAUGUAGAGGACACCGAAGUGGGAAGUCCGAGUCUGGGUUCCAGGGACGGGUACUUUGAAAUGGGUCUGGAUGACUCUGUCGAGGAGUCGGUCUGCUUCCCCUCCACGUCGCUCCCUGUUCCUCCAGCAGACGAGCCCGGUGGCCACCAGGGGGAGCUCUGUGAUGAUGAGGAGGAGGAGCAGGAGCAGGAGGAAGAGGUUCAGGUCAGCAGGGUUCUGUGGUGCUACUGUCUUCAGGUGAAGGAGGAGGUGGAGCAGAAGCAGGUGUGUCUGGUGCUGAUGGACCGGGUGUUGGGCCUUCUGUACCUGUCAGAUGACAUCAUCAAUCAGGAUUCAGACCAGGAGCAGAGUCCUCCGGUUGAGGAGGUGCUGUCCAGUCUGCAGGUGGACCUCCUGGUGCCAUACUCUGAGCUUCUGCUCUCCUCCCAAACCGACCUCCCCGACUCCUGCCUUGCCUUUGGCCUCCAAACUGGUUCGACCCGCUGGUACAUCUUCUCCGAGGCCGACGAGCUCCGGCAGACCAGGACCGAGCUGAAAGUGCUGAUCCAGGCAGCAGGGUCUCAAACUGACCCAGAGCCUCCCAACACUCCUCAGCUCCUCCCCCGUUCACUCAUCAACUCCUGGGAGCUGGAGGAGAGUCAGGGAGCCCAGGGAGGCUAUCCUGCCCACCUCCUCUUGUCCUCCUCAUCCUCCUCGUCUGCCACAGACACCCAUCCCCUCCUGUCAGACAUUUUACCCAAGAGUGAUGAUCCCAGCCUCCCUUCUCUCCUCUUUCUCACCCACCGACACCUCUGGGUGCUGAAGACCGACUUCAGAGAGCUGGCAGAAACAGAGAGGAGGAGUGCUGACCUUCAUCAGAGUUCAUCUUCCUCCUCCUGGUGCCGACUGGUCCGUGUGCCCCUCGGUUCUGUGGUGCUUCACCCGGGACAGAGAGCAUCUCAGGUCGGGGACAGAACCAGCAACACCGCCUGCCCUGACCCUAAACACCAGCUGAGGAGGAGACACACCGUGGAGCUUCUGCUGGGCGGCCAGAGGCUGCUGCUGCUCUUCCCUCUGGCCCAGGACAGGAGCUCCUUCCUGGUGGAGUUGAAUCAGCGGAGAACCUCUCUGGAAGGAAUCAAGAUGGUGGCCCUGGCCCGGGUCUGCACUCCCAGUCCACACCAAGGACACAACGCGCAAGGCCGUCACAGAUCCAGAGACCAGUGCUGCUGUAACAGUACCGGGAAAUCACACAGCAGCAGCAGCAGCUGGGACUCUUCUCGCCUUCAGAUGGAGGACAACCAGCCGUCGCCCCACCUCACUCCCGGUCUGUCUCCAGGAUUGAAGCUCCUGGCUGGGCUCGGAGGACAGCAACUGCUGGCCUACUUUCACAGAUAUAUAGCAAUGUCUGAGGCGGAGGAGGUGAGACAGGUCUUGUGGCUGUCUGUGGUUCUCUACAAGUCUCCAGAGUCUGAGCUCACCUGCUGUCUGCUGCUGUCCAAUGAUACGAUCUACUUCCUGUUGGAAGACUCUGCCUCCUCACUCGGUCAUCACUCAGUGUUGGACAUCAUGGACUCUGGAGAUCCGGAUGUUUGUCUGUGCUGCUGUCUGUCCAUCAGACUGUCUGAGCUGCUGUCUGUCAAUGUGGGACUGUUCGACCAGUACUUCAGAGUCGUAGGUCGUUCGGCCGAUCACAUCGUGUGCUGUCUCAGCAGGGACAGUUAUGGAACAGGCAUCUUCCUUCAGGAGCUGAUGUCGGCUCUCAGUCUGCAGCAGCAGCUUCCUGCUCCAGAGCCGUCAGAUCAGGACUUCUACUCUCAGUUCACCAACACAAACACGGGUAAGAUGCAGAACUAUGAGCUGGUCCACAGCAGAGUGAAGUUUAUUUAUCCCAGUGAGGAGGAGAUGGGAGACUUGACCUUCAUCGUGGCAGAGAGGAAAGCUCCAGUCAGCGCAGCUUCCUCGUCCUCACGCUCCUUCAACGUCCUGCUGUACCUGCUGGUCUUCCAGGUCCAGAUUCCCAGCAAUCUGCCUAGCCAAGGCUCCACUCUCUCAGGCCACUCCCCCUCUGUUUCCAGCUCCGCCCCGUCCCCUGUUCUCCAGCCCAGGACUUUGAUCCUGACCAGCACCGAUGUAUUCCUGUUGGACGAGGACUACGUUAGCUACCCUCUACCCGACUUCGCCAAAGAACCUCCCUCCAGGGAGCGGUACCAGCUACGCGAAGCUAGGAGGAUCCGCGACUUGGACCGGGUCCUGUUGGGGUACCAGACCUACCCUCAGGCUCUGACCCUGGUGUUCGAUGACCUGCCCGGCCCCGACCUGCUCUGCCACCUCACCAUGGACCACUUUGCUGCCGCAGAGGAGGCCCCGCUCAGAGGGGGCGGGGCCAGUGGGGGCGCAGAGGGCGAGGUCCAGUGGUGCGUGUUUGUCCCAGGAGCCGACAGCAGAGAGAGGCUGAUUUCACUCCUCGCUCGCCAGUGGGAGGCGCUGUGCAGCCGGGAGCUUCCCGUUGAGCUCACGGGUUGACUGGUCGAAGACGAUGACAGACAGAUGGGUGACUGUUCAGCACCUGGGAGCUGCUCAGCCUGAUGGUGGAGUCGGCGUGUGACCAGGAUAGUUUACACAAAGAUUCAGGGCGUGAAUGGCUGUUUAAAGGGCUCAGUAUGCUUCAGACAGAGUAGUUUGUACAGGAGCAAUAAGUGAUGAACGCUGUUCACAUGAAAAGAUACAGAUGUUGCGUGAAAGAUGAUAAAAAAGAGCUAGAGACCGUUUUAAACACAGUGCAGAACUAUUGUCUCCCCCUUCUGGCAGUGACAGUAAUUGCACACAAUUAAGAACAUUUUGACUCCAAAGGCUCCUCCACAGUCUUUGCUGUACCUUAGUCGUAUUUGUUCCCCUUCAGCCCUGGCAAAUCAAACUUAGUUGGUUAAGUUAAAUGCAUCGCUACCAGGACAUCAGCCUUAGAUUCCAGAUUUAAAUACUAUAAUAAUGCGAAAUACAGAGAGAUAUACCUGGAGGUAAAGUCUUUUACUCUUGCCUUAAAUACAGUCUACUUGCACACCUCCCCACAGGUGUGCAUGUAGACUGGAUAAGUUGCCAACCACAUCUUAUCACUGCAUGCUGAAUUUGUUUUAAUCAGCCAUCUGUGGAGAUUACUUACAGAAAGUCUCUGUUCUAAACCUUAACGUUCAUCUUGGCAUUAUGUUGCAACAAAAGAUGAACCAGGGUAAGUGUUUUGCCGGAUGGCCGGGUGUUUUAUUGUUCUACUUGUCAUUUUUAUACUAAUUUCAAACCAAAAUUAGGGUGUAUACAUGUUGUUUUUUUUAAACCCGCCAAUGAUUGGCAAUGCACUCUUUUCACAUUGCAAGUGAACCAUUUGCCUCUCUGUUUUUGUGUCCUGUUCAUCUUCUUGAACGCGGCAGAAAAACAAGCAACAGUAGGACACAGCAGAUCAUACAUGUAAUCAGAAUACAUCCAGAGGGCAUUAAACUUGUUUUAGAAAGUCAUAGGCAAAAAUAGUCUGAAUUAGAUAUGUAUUUUUUUUCUGUAGCUCUUGACAGAGAAAGGCCUUGACCUCAGCACAUGUCAUAGCACUGCACCUAAGAAGGAGAGUUAAUGAGUGUUCACAUCGUGACCGAGCCGAACCAGAGGAGAUAACAAUCUGUGACUGCUGCAAGGGCAAAUGAUCCGAGAGUUAAUCCCAAUAAAUAUACAUUCACUUUUCGCACAAGAGUCAGAUGUUUGCAGCUGAAGCAUACUGGGGUCUUUAGCACUACUUCUUAAAGACUGAAAGGGAUGUGACUGAAGAACAACUGUGGGCCUGAAGGACUCAGCGGACACAAGGCGGCCAUAACAGACAGAAGAGAAAAGGUCUCUGACCUCACACGGAGCCGAAAUGUAGGGAGUUUCUGGCACAACCUCAUUUUCUUUUAAAUUGUCUCACAGAGAGGAGACUUACUUUUGUUGGAUGACUUGACUGACAGACAGACAUACAGACUGGUGUCUCACAGCAGGGGGCGCUGCAGACAGUCCACAGGAGUUCUGCUAGAUUUUAAUCAACAUUUCCUUAAAGGACCAGCUUGACAUUUCUGGUAAAUCCUCUUGUCCUCUGCCCUCCCCAGAGUCGGAUUAAAAGAUCAGUUUCAUCUAUGUGUGUCCAGGACAAAGAUAGGUCCAGGAUGUGUUAGCCUAGCUUAGCACAAAGACUCGAAGCAGGGGGAAACUGCUAGCCUAGCGUUAUCAAAAGAGAAGAUAUCCACCUUGGAACAACUCCAAAGCUGCCUGAUGUAAAUGUUGUUAUUUAUAUAAGGUUGCUCUUAAAACCAAAAAAAAAGGGAAGGCUGACAAGAGGGUAUCCCAAAGUGUUGUUUUAAAUAGGACACACACACACACACACACACACUCACCUGCUUGGCACAAUCUGCUCUCUGAACGUUUUAUUCCUUGCACAUUGUAAUUAAUGAAGCAGUAUUGUUUAACUGUAUAUUGUUAUUAAUAUUAAUAUAAUUGUUUUGGGACGGAGGGAUGUUUUCCAUCCUGAAGCAGAUUUUGUACUAAACACGAAGGUCCUGAUGACGUUUCCAAUAUGAACUCUGAAAUGUCACAUUUAGUACUAUCAUUGAGUAUUAUUUUUUAUAUGUUCUUUGUGUUUAAUUUUAUCAUUUGUUACGUGUUUUUGUAUCGACAAAAUGGGAAGCCAAACAGUGUUGGACCCCCCUCCCCACCCUUCACCACUGUUGUUUAUAUCAUGUGUUGUUGUCUUGUGAAAGGGGAAUGCCACUGAAUUAAAGUGUACAUGAAGACAUGUAACAAUAUUCCUGUUUCGUUAAGCGACCGCAGUUUGGCUUCUUUGAAAAUCAGCAGGAUUUAACCACAGUCUGCAAGCUUUUUCAGCUGAUGCAGCAGUGAAACCACCAAACCGAGCUGUCUGUUGGACAGAAGCUCCAAGAACUCUGUGUGCCUGUAGGAAACUGACAAUAUGAUGGACGUGGUCACUGAAAAAAAAAUACAUUUUAACAUGUAAUGAGUCUGGAAAUGUCCCUUGCAACAAGUUAAAAUGACCUGGCGGUGUAAUAUUAUCCCCUAUUUAAAAUAAAAAUGAAUUAAUGAGAUAUUUUUAUAGUAGUGCGAUGAUCGAAACAUACAAUAACUGCAUUAAAAAAACAAAACACGA